UCUUCCAUCUGCACAUUUUUCUCUUUUGAAGGCGCUGACAACAUGGCAGAGCACUGAGUAUGGUUUCUCCAAAGGUUGAUGUCAUGGAGCAAAGGGUGACCCACAUUAAAGAAGAGGACUGUGAGUGGGGAUCUCUUCUGCAAGCGGGUCUUCAUGUGAAGCUGGAGGAUUCUGAUUGUGAAAUUCCUGUUUGUAAAGAGGAGGAAGAGGAGGAGGCUUUUUCAAUUAAAACAGAGGACACGGAGCACUUUUCCAUUAGCCUGGAAGUACAAAACCGUGAAACCUUGAACAUUUUUAAGGAAGACACGUCUUUGGACGGAGACUAUGCUUUUCAAUCCUGUCCAGCUUCACAAACCGAGACCGCACAUUUAGGGACUAUUGUGAGGAAACCGCUCCACACUGAGCAGCAUUCUGGGAUAUUAAAGUUUGAGGAGGAAGAAGAAGAGGGGGUGUAUCAGAGGAGGAAAAGAACAUUACAAUCGUCUGCAAGGGAACCUGGAAAAACAGAUUUGCAAGAAUGUGGCAGCAUCUCUCCAUCUUCCUUUGUGCCAAACUCUCUUCAGUGCAAACCUCAGCAAAAGCAAUGCAAUGAAAAUGUGAAGAAAUCUUCAGCUCCUGCGGCUGUAAAACUAACAAGGAGAGAUGCCACCAAGAGUCAACAGCUGCAAAAUACUAACUCAUUGUCACUGUACGUGUGCCGGGACUGUGGGAAAAACUUUAAAAGUAAAACUGAUUGUAAAGAUCAUCAGAGGAUACAUACAAGAGACAAGCCACAUUGCUGUACAGAAUGUGGUAAGCGAUUCUCACAGCUCAGUGUCCUUAAAAUACACACAAGAAUCCACACAGGAGAAAAACCACAUUGCUGUAAUGAAUGUGGCAAACGAUUCACACAUGUAAGUAACCUGAAGACACAUACACGAAUUCACACUGGUGAGAAGCCUCACUGCUGCCCUGAAUGUGGAAAACGAUUCUCACAAACAAGCCAUCUUCAGACUCACUUGAGAAUUCACAGUGGAGUGAAACCCCAUGGCUGUAGUGAAUGUGGGAAGCGGUUCUCACGUAUCAGCCAUCUUAAAGCACACACAAGAGUUCACACUGGAGAAAAACCUCAUAGCUGCCCAGAAUGCGGCAAGCGGUUCUCACAUAGCGGCAGUCUACAGUUGCACACAAAAAUUCACACUGGAGAAAAGCCCCAUUCCUGUUCUGAAUGUGGUAAGCGUUUCCUGUGCUUAAGAGAUCUUAAAAGACACACCAGAAUUCACACUGGGGAAAAGCCACAUGGUUGUUCUGAAUGUGGCAAGCAAUUCUCACACAGAAGUAGUCUUCACAUACACACCAGAAUUCACACUGGAGAAAAGCCUCAUCACUGUACAGAAUGUGACAAACGUUUCUCGUGCAUAAGCCACCUUAAGGUACAUUUAAGAGUUCACACUAGAAAGAGGAAAUAAAACAGUGGAACUGCUAAUCCAGCUGCUUCUUGAGGUGACUUUUGACAGAAAUGCCGAUAUCAGUUGUUCAAUUCUACAAAAUAUGCUAAACAACUGACACACCAGUCCAGCAUAAGAAAGAAAGUCUGGUUCUGGGUGGAAGCUGACAAAACAGCAAGAUACUGUAGAAACUGGCAAUUGUGGAGCAAAGGAUGAGCAUAUGUAAGUACUUUCCAAGUCCAGUCCAUCAAAUAUGCCAAAGAAUUAUUGUGAAGUAACAUGCUUUUAUGUCUACAAGCACCAGGACUGUAGCAAAACGAAAAAGAGAGGAAGAGUCAGCUGUUAUGAUGUCAAGUCCUCAUAAAAUGAUAUGAGAAAAGCCAUAAUGUAAGCAUAGUAGGAAUGAACUGAAAGGGAAGAUUCUACCCCAUUCACAGGCUGUUGAAUAAGGCAAUGAUUAAACUAUCCAUCUGUUUUCUGGCCUACGCAGACUGAAUAUGUUUGAGAAUUACGCUGCAUCUCAGUCAUUAAUGGCCACAUUACAAUCUCCUGCAAAAAUACUCAGAUUUGAAGAAAGGUCACCAGCUGUGAACAAAGGUAAAGAGGCCAGGCAAAAUCCAGAGACUUUCCAGUCUCUUAUCUUACUCCUGUCACGUGAUAAAUUACCUCCAUAAAGACUUCUACACAACAAUAAUAUUCCUGCAUGUUUAUCAUCAAACAUACAAACAACUGAGUGUCCUUAUGUUCUGUGUUUUGGGAUCUGAAGGGUGCCUUGGUUGCAACACAAACUGACUGAUCCCAUAAGGCAGUAUUUAUUAGUGCUGCAUGUAUACCUGAUAAAUUUCUUAAAUCAAAUUAGCCACAAAACAUUAAGAUAAUGAAACUUGGUGUAGCUUUCUAUGUGAAUACAGGCACGCCAGACACAUAGGGCAGUAUAUACAAAUUAUAAAUCAACUUGGAUGUCUAUGGAAGUGCAGUAAACUGUUGGGGUGGAGGGUGGUAAACCAGUAACUGGCACAACCAGAGAAGUGACAGAAAGUGGGCCGACCUCUUGUGCCAAGGCCUGGCAACAUGGGAGAACUAGAAGAGGCAAACUAAAAAAGCAGAGUAAGAAUUUCUUACAGUGAUAGUGUAGAAAGUUGUACCUUAUUGUGGGAAACAAUUUAAUGAUGGCCAAGAAAGGGUAGAAAUUCAAAAUUCUGUUACAGGUAAAUCAAAUGAGCCCUAGAGACAAACCUUAGAAUCACAUAUAAGAAAGAAUAACUGAAAGUAAAGACGCACUGACCUGGGGGGAUAAAACUAUUCCUAAAUGGUGUAUGUGGUGUUAAAGAAGAGAUAUUCAGCAACUAUGGGAAAGUGACUGCUGAUGGAGCGAUAAUAAAAUCAAAAAAUAAGUGCAGAUAAAAUUGUCUCACCAA